AUGGACGCCUCCUCCCUCCGCAUCUCCAAGUUCGAUGGAACUAACUUCCACGCCUGGAAGUUCAAGAUGCAGAUGGUGCUGGAGGAACGGGACCUAUGGGAGGUCGUCAGCGGUGAGAUCAAGGCGGAACAGUGCGAGACUCAGUUGGACCAAGCGACGUACAAGAGGAAGUCAAGAAAGGCGAUGGCAGUGAUCUGUCUAGCCAUGGAAGAUUCCCAGCUACCGUUGGUCCGGUCGGCAAGUGGUGCAUGCGACGCAUGGUCAAGGUUGGAAGACCACUUCGAGAAGAAGAGUCUUGCCAACAAGCUGUUCUUGCGCCGUCGCUUCUUCACGACAAUGAUGGAAGAAGGCGACGAUGUGCUCGAACACAUCAACAAGCUCAAGACGCUGGCGGAACAGCUAGAAGCGGUGGGGGCUCCAGUCUGCGAGGACGAUCUGGUGAUCACACUCCUCGGCAGCCUGAGUGACUCGUAUCAAUUCUUGAUCACAGCUUUGGAGUCGCGCUCAGACACUCUUAGCUGGGAGCUCGUGACGUCUCGACUGCUUCAUGAAGAAAUGAAGCGGAAGGAGCAAGGAAGUAAAGGUGAUGAAGCUUCGCAAGGUCAAGCGUUCAUCACAAGGGACAAUCAGCGCAAAGGGCGACCAGUGAAGAAGUCCUGGCCGUGCCACAAUUGCGGAAAGAUUGGUCACUGGAUGGCGGAGUGCCCCUCGCGCAUCCAAGAAAACACGGAGAGACACCGGCCACAGCGUGCUCAAGACAGCGGCGACCGCUAUCGAUCACAACGUGCAAACGUCGCUCAAGAAGAAGACUCGGGCGACUACCUCUUUUCGAUCGGUGAAACGACAUCUGCGAAAUCGAGCGACAUCUGGCUGGUCGACUCCGGGGCGACGCAGCACAUGACGUGCUCCAAGAAGUUCAUGCGGAACUACAAGGGGUUUGACGCUGUGGAUGUCCAUCUCGCGGAUGAUGGAAUCGUCCAAGCAAUCGGCAGUGGGGACAUUGUCAUGUCGAUGAAGACACCCCAAGGGAUGAAGAAAGGUGUGCUCACAAACGUGUGGCACAUCCCAAAGUUAUCCAGAAACCUGUUCUCGGUCGGCCGCUUCACCAAGGAUGUCGGCCCAGUGACGUUCACGAAGGAUGGGUGCUAUGGAGAAGCGAAAGGGACCAAGUGGAAAAUUGGUGCCCGUGAAGGUAAAGGACUGUUCAAGCUGCAAAUGACUCCAGUGGCGCCGGAACAAGCAAAUGCAGCCAAGUCGUCGGGAUGUCAAGGGGGCACCAAGUCGUACCUCUGGCACCUUCGGCUUGGCCACAUAGGUCACGAUGGACUCAAUUGCAUCGUGACGAAGAACAUUGGAAUUGGCAUCGACAUAUCUUCGGUGAAGAAGUGGGACGUGUGUGAAGGUUGUGCUCUGGGAAAACAGACUCGAGUGCGCUUCCAAUCAAACACUACAGCUCGCACCUCCAAACUCCUCGAAGUGAUUCACAGCGACGUAUGCGGACCGAUGUCGAUGGCAACUUUCAGUGGAAAACGGUACUUCGUGACAUUCAUUGAUGACAAGUCAAGAUACUGUGUCGUCUAUCUGCUCAAGAUCAAAUCUGAAGUUGCGGCGAAGUUCAUGGAAUACGCUGCGAUGGCCGAAACGCAAACCGGAAAGCGCGUGAAGUACCUUCAAAGCGACAAUGGGGGUGAAUACAAGUCCGACAAGCUGGCACGAUUCUGCGCGGAACGGGGAAUACAACAAAGGUUCACACCCCCAUAUACUCCUCAGCUAAACGGAGUAGCUGAGAGAAUGAAUCGCACGCUGGUCGAGUGUGCGCGUUGCAUGAUGGAACACGCUGGACUGGGAAAGAGCUACUGGGGUGAAGCAGUGAUGACGGCGAUGUUUCUUCGAAACCGCUGUCCAACACGUGCCAUUCACCAAGACAAGUCUCCAUAUCAAGUGUGGACGAUGAAGAAACCGAUUCUGGCCAACCUUAAAGUGUUUGGAUGCCACGCGUAUGUUCAAGUGCCUCAAGACAAACGCGCGAAGUUCGACUCCAAGUCAUCACUCUGUCGUUUCCUGGGAUACGCCGAACACCAGAAGUCAUAUCGAUUUGAGGAAGUGUCAACAGGAGCGAUCAAGAUCAGUCGCGAUGCCACAUUCAUGGAAGACAAGUUUGAUGAAGGUCCGCGCAACUACAACGAUGAGUCAAGUGUCGUUGAGUUUGAUGAUCAUGAUGAGGACGAAGAAAAAGAAGAAGGUAAAACUGACGACGACAUGGACUCGAGCGACGAUGACAACGAAGACACCAGGUCUUCGAAGAGCAACAUCAAGAGACACACGCGCACUCAAUCACUUGAGAAAGCUACCGUCAUUCCAAGUCCCAAGCGAAGAACAUACAGAGGUCCGUCGCUUGAGCAUGUGUCAGCGGCUGCAAUGGAUUUUGAAGCAGCCUACAUCGUUGAUUCAGUGGGGGAAACGCCGACUACAUUCAAGUCGGCGAUGGAAUCAAGCGACUCCGGCAAGUGGAAAGAAGCGUGUGACUCGGAGUUCGAUUCGCUUCAGAGAAACGACACGUGGGAAAUCGUGCCUCUUCCGAAAGGUCGCAAGGCCAUCGGGUGCCGAUGGGUUUUUCGUGUAAAGGAGAAUCAAGAUGGCGAAGUUGAACGUUUCAAGGCAAGACUUGUGGCCAAAGGAUUCUCACAGAAAUUCGGAGUUGACUAUGAAGAAACUUUCGCACCGGUGGCCAAGUUCACAUCGAUUCGUGUGGUGCUCAGUAUGGCGGCUAAGUACGGCCUAAUGCUACAUCAGAUGGACGUCAAGACAGCGUUUCUUAACGGCUCCCUCAACGAAGACAUCUACAUGGACCAGCCGGACGGAUACCUGGAUACAACACAGCCGGACUAUGUGUGCAAGCUAAAGAGAUCACUCUACGGCUUGAAGCAAUCGCCUCGCAUGUGGAACCAAACAAUCGAUGGGUUCAUGAUCAAGAUGGGAUUCAAGAAGUGCGAAUCGGACCACUGCAUCUACAUCAAGCGAGACGACCAAGACAUGAUUCUCGUGGUGCUCUACGUCGAUGAUCUCAUCCUGGCCAGCAGCAACAACGAACUCCUCAAGUCAACCAAGAUGGCGCUGAGCAAACGCUUCGAAAUGACGGAUCUCGGUGAGCCUCGAUUACUUUCUCGGCAUGGAGAUCAAGAACGACCGUAA